AUGGGUGCUGCGCGGACGAGUGCGGAGCCUCACGACGGCAACGUCGUCGAGCAGGAGCCGGAGCUCGUGGCAAGCACGCACGGCCGAUGGCGCGUCCACCAGCUCAACAGGCCGCGCGCAUUGAACGCGCUCACCGCCGGGAUGGUCAAGGCGAUCCGGCGGGAGUACCGUGAUCUCUGCGGCGAGCCAGGCGCCGCACGGCCACCGGGAGCGCCCUGCGCGGUGCUCACGGAGGGGCGAGGGGGCCGGGCCUUUUGCGCGGGAGGCGAUGUCGUAGCGGUCACGACGGCGCCGAAAUCGGUCCUCGAUGACGCGACGUCGGACUUCUUCCACCUGGAGUACUCGAUGAACAUGGAGCUCGCCACGCAGCCGCUCCCCCAGGUGUCGCUGUGGGACGGCAUCGUGAUGGGAGGCGGCGUCGGGCUCUCGAUUCACGGCGCGUUCCGCGUGGCCACCGAGCGCACGGUGCUCGCGAUGCCCGAGGUACAGAUCGGGCUCUUCCCGGACAUCGGCGCUUCGUGGUUUAUGCCGCGCCUGCGCGGCAGGUACGGGGCGUGGCUGGGAUUGACGGGCGCGCGCAUCACGGGCGCUGCUGCGCGCGAGCUCGGGCUCGCAACGCACCUCAUCGCGUCGUCCGCGAUUCCCGCACUGCGCGAGGAGCUCCUGGCGCUCGAGCACCCCGGCGAGGCGUCGAUUCGGGCGGUGUUGGACGCGGCGGAGCUGAGCCAUCGAGCGCCUCAUGGCGGGGCCGUGGUGCCCGCGGAGGACCUGCCGCCCGCGCAGGAGGUCGAGGCGGUGUUUGCGCCGGACGAGGGGAUCACGGGCGUUGUCGCUCGGCUGGAGAAGACGGCACAGACGUCCGAGUGGGCGCGCAAGGCGCUGUCGCAGCUGCAGAGCGCGUCGCCGCUCGCGGUCUGCCUCACGUGGCGCAUGCUUGAGCUGGGCGCCACGUCCACGCUCGCCGAGGUGCUGCAGCGCGAGGCUGUGGUUGCGCGACGCAAGCUCGACGCACGCGGCCCCGCGGGCGCCGGGGACUUCGCGGAGGGCGUGGCAGCGGCGCUGGUGCGGCGGGACAAGUCGCCGAAGUGGCGGCACGGGUCCCUGGACGCCGUGUCCGCCGCGGAGGUGGAGGGGUUUUUGACGCCGCUGCCCGGAGACACCCCCCUGAACCUGACGUGGGCGGAGGGGUGGGCGGCGGCGGGGGGACGCGCGCCCGGCUCGAGCGUCAUCGCGGGCGGCGCCCUGCCACAUCGAGCGGCAUUGUGA